AUGGACAGGAAGAUGGGUCCACACUUGAAAUUCCCGGCGGCUUCGAUUGGGAUCUUCUCGGCGGUGGCCCUCACCACGUGGGUCACCGUCUACGACAACGUCAUCAUCCCACUCGCCAGAAAGAGGAGAAAUAGGCUGCUUGAGCUGUCCAUCCUGCAAAGAAUGGGGAUCGGCAUGUGCAUCUCGACCCUUGCUGUGGUUGUGGCGGGGAUUGUAGAAGGCCAACGGCGGCGACACGUAGAACCCACGUCUGUAUUUUGGCUAGUGCCGCAGUUGGUGCUUCUGGGAGUCGCCGAGGGGUUUAACGGCGUGGCCCAGAUAGAGUUCUAUCAUGCCGAGCUCCCGGCAACCAUGGCGAGCCUGACCGGGGGGUUUUUCGCACUCGGUUAUUCCUUCGCCUCCUUUGCCGCCGCGUUGCUCGAGAGCAUUGUUCGUGCAGCCACUAGAUCGCCGGAUAACAAGAAGAUACAUUGGCUUUCGGAUAAUGGAGGAAAACUUGAUUACCACUAUUUCGUGGUGGCGGGUCUGGCGGCUCUGAAUUUAGCAUGGUUUCUCUUUAUGGCCAAGAGAUAUAAACUUCGCCCCGGCGCCAAUUGA